CAACCGGCCAACAGCAGCAACGUCCUUCGAGAAGCCUAUAUCAACGGCGCCGAAACCGGAGCAGUUCAGUGGGUGUGGCAGCCUACGCGACAACAUGCUGAAACCACUUUUCAUCGUACAGAUUGCUCUGCUGAUCGGGACACGGCCACCCAGCCAGCGUAAAGGGACAGACAUCGGAUGGACGGACGCCUCGAUCACCGCAGACUGGGCUGAUGGCUCACGCUUUCAUGGCGGGGCGUUUUCUGCAACGUCAGUCCACCAGCCAUUGCCGCCGUUUCCACAAGUCACCAGCGAAACUGUACUCACCGACCAGGGCGUCGCCAACCGGCCAACAGCAGCAACGUCCUUCGAGAAGCCUAUAUCAACGGCGCCGAAACCGGAGCAGUUCAGUGGGUGUGGCAGCCUACGCGACAACAUGCUGAAACCACUUUUCAUCGUACAGGUUAGUGGCAAACGCCAUUAUGGAUUGAGAAGUAACAAUUUGUUUCUCAUUGUGCUGCCGCACCCACAACGGCUACUGUGUAUUUUCGCUGAGUGCUUUGAUUUGUGUAAUCUCCUCUUACUCUCUGGGGAUAUUGAAAGUAAUCCGGGCCCAGAUACGGAAGAAACCUUACAAAAACUUUUGGUAGGUCAAAAUAAGAUAUUCGAGGCGAUUAAGGAAAUAAAAUUCACUCAAAGGAAGGUCGAAGAAAGAAUAGGUGCUAUUGAAGAAACCGUUGAAUCAUUCAAGAGCGUCUCAAAAAAUUUUGACAUUUUUUCGAGUACUGUGCUCACAUUAAAACAAACAGUUUCUUCACUCGAGAACAAAGUAGACGACCUAGAAAACCGAAUGCGCAGAAACAAUUUAAUCUUUUUUGGAAUUCCUGAAAAUCUCAACGAAACCAAGCGGGAUCUAGAAAAAGUUAUCAUCUCUGAGAUUCUUGAAGACAAACUAGGCAUUGAAAAUGUUGGGGUGGAGAGGAUUCAUAGGAUUGGAAGACCGAAUAAGGGGAAAUCAAGGCCUGUAAUAUUGAAACUCUUUGACUAUAAUGUAAAAGAAAACAUCCUGAGAAAUGCGCGGAAACUUAAGGGAACCAAAAUAUCAAUAUCUGAAGACUUUUCGAUUCAUAUCAGACAAAAAAGGAAGCUUCUCUGGAACAGUGCUAAAGAAGACCGUGACAAAGGCGAGAAAGUCGUGCUAAGAUUCGAUAAGUUGAUAGUUGGCAAUUCUUGCUAUCAGUGGGAUCCCGUGAAAAACGCCCGUAUUCUGAUUAACUCAAGGCAACGAGACGACAGAAACGCGCAAUCUAACAACGAAUGACAUCAGUGCUCGAGAUCUCGUUCGUUCACUCUUAUCAAUGUAAACGCCAGAAGUGUAGUAAAUAAAACUGCUGAACUAGAACACAUGUUAUUGUCCGAUG